UGUUCCUGUGUGUUUACUACACGGACCAGGCGGCAGCAGACACUUGGCUUCACAUGCACUCAACUCACAACAGCUAGCUAGCUAAACACUUUAUAGUUCCAUCUGAAACAGAAUCGCCCAGAAUCCAACAUGCCCAAGAGAAAGGUACGUAGUUUGGUGACUAUUUAGAGAGGAUUGUGAAACCAGAAAAGCAGGCAGCUAUUGAUAGCUUGCAAAUGAAUGUGGAGAGCCAUCCCCUCUCCAACGAUUACUUAAUUAUAAACCUAUUUAUUCGGGGAAUUUAUGAUAUUUAUUUGGAGGGUAUUUUCUAAAAAAUAAUAUGUAAUGUUUUAGUGUUUAAAUUACUUUUUCUGAUCGCUUGCGGGCUUAAAAGUCUGUUUUCCACCGGCAGUCGCUGUCCUUUGGGAAGCCAGAAGUCUCUCUCUGUCUCCAUGUAGUUAAAGCACAACCAGCAGCCAUGCUUUGCAGCCCAAGUCUUCUUCGACCUACCGAACAGAAACGCUUCAGUUACCGCCAUUUUCCCCUCAAUCCGCCCAAAAUGACUUCGAGAAUUCGCUUUAGUAUCUCUAGUUUCAAUUCUGAUCGUUAAACGAUGCAAUCGUCGUCGUAUUUGGAUACAAUUGUAUAUUUUUUCUCUUUGUUCAUGGUCCCAGGUGGCUGCAGUGUCGUGUCUCUACCGGCGGGCGGCGCUGCGGAGGCUUAACGCUGCUCCUCCCCCCUCGCUUAUCCCGCCCCGCGCGAGUUUUCAAAUCCUGCCUGAGUUCAUAGAAAGAAGAGAGAUGGAGAGAGGAGAGAAAGAGAGAGACAGAUACUUAGGGACCCCAACUUUCAGUGUUACUGGUCCAAAAACACAUAACCUGUUAACAAAACUCAAAUAUUACAUUACAGUUAAAUCUAAUGGGUCUAAAAACAAGUUUAUUUUAACAUUAUCUAUGACAUUUUUACUUUUUUCUUGAAAUUGAAAAGUUAUCUGGGGUCUUCCCUGACAGUUCAGAAAUAGGUAAUUUGAGCGACCGUAGACUGUUGCCUGCACUCCAGUAAAGUGAUGUUGUGAUAAAUGUUGUUUAUCUGUUGUUUGUCCUCAGCAGGGAGCCGCUGGCGACGCCAAGGAGGAGGUGAGACUGAGACAGACUCAACACUGUUACCUCCACUACAACUCAUCCCUUAUAAUUACUAUUAAAUAUAUCAACUAUUAUUUAUCAGCUCAGUUUCAACAUAGUUGGUCUCGGACAGCGUGUGUGAGGGUUUGGAUCAGUGUGUGUUGUGUGUUGACGUGUUUUCUCUUCCUGUUGCAGCCCCAGAGGAGAUCCGCCCGGUUAUCAGCGGUGAGACCAGCUACCAUACAGACGUUAUACACAACCUUAUAACGCAUCAUAUAACCUAUACACGACCUUAUAACGCAUCAUAUAACCUAUACACUACCUUAUAACGCAUCAUAUAGCCUAUACACUACCUUAUAACCUAUACACUACCUUAUAACGCAUCAUAUAACCUAUACACUACCUUAUAACGCAUCAUAUAACCUAUACACUACCUUAUAACGCAUCAUAUAACCUAUACACUACCUUAUAACGCAUCAUAUAGCCUAUACACUACCUUAUAACCUAUACACUACCUUAUAACGCAUCAUAUAGCCUAUACACUACCUUAUAACGCAUCAUAUAACCUAUACACUACCUUAUAACGCAUCAUAUAACCUAUACACUACCUUAUAACGCAUCAUAUAGCCUAUACACUACCUUAUAACCUAUACACUACCUUAUAACGCAUCAUAUAACCUAUACACUACCUUAUAACACAUCAUAUAACCUAUACACUACCUUAUAACGCAUCAUAUAACCUAUACACUACCUUAUAACCUAUACACUACCUUAUAACGCAUCAUAUAACCUAUACACUACCUUAUAACGCAUCAUAUAACCUAUACACUACCUUAUAACCUAUACACUACCUUAUAACGCAUCAUAUAACCUAUACACUACCUUAUAACACAUCAUAUAACCUAUACACUACCUUAUAACGCAUCAUAUAACCUAUACACUACCUUAUAACCUAUACACUACCUUAUAACCUAUACACUACCUUAUAACGCAUCAUAUAACCUAUACACUACCUUAUAACGCAUCAUAUAACCUAUACACUACCUUAUAACACAUCAUAUAACCUAUACACUACCUUAUAACGCAUCAUAUAACCUAUACACUACCUUAUAACGCAUCAUAUAACCUAUACACUACCUUAUAACGCAUCAUAUAACUUAUAUACCAGUUUAUUACACAUCUAUAACCUCUUAUUACAGCUUAUAGCACAUUUUUAGACUAUAAUUAAGCUUACAGCACAUAAUAUACCACCUUAUAACACAUCAUACAACCACUAUAUGCCAAAUAACACAUCUAUAACCUCAGCUACAAUCACUAUACAAUCAUAUUACACAUUUACUAUUACUAUAUACCAGGUAAUUACACAUUUACUAUUACUAUAUACCAGGUAAUCACAUGUUUACUAUCACUAUAUACCAGGUAAUUACACAUAACAUAUUCAACACAGCUACAAUCAGCUUUUUAAUACACUUAAUACAUAACUGACCCUGCUGAGAACACUAUGCCAUAACUGACCCUGCUGAACACUAUGCCAUAACUGACCCAGCUGAACACUAUGCCAUAACUGACCCUGCUGAACACUAUGCCAUAACUGACCCUGCUGAACACUAUGCCAUAACUGACCCUGCUGAACACUAUGCCAUAACUGACCCUGCUGAACACUAUGCCAUAACUGACCCUGGAACGCCUGCUGGAACACUAUGCCAUAACUGACCCUGCUGAACACUAUGCCAUAACUGACCCUGCUGAACACUAUGCCAUAACUGACCCUGCUGAACCACUAUGCCAUAACUGACCCUGCUGAACACUAUGCCAUAACUGACCCUGCUGAACACUAUGCCAUAACUGACCCUGCUGAACACUAUGCCAUAACUGACCCUGCUGAACACUAUGCCAUAACUGACCCUGCUGAACACUAUGCCAUAACUGACCCUGCUGAACACUAUGCCAUAACUGACCCUGCUGAACACUAUGCCAUAACUGACCCUGCUGAACACUAUGCCAUAACUGACCCUGCUGAACACUAUGCCAUAACUGACCCUGCUGAACACUAUGCCAUAACUGACCCUGCUGAACACUAUGCCAUAACUGACCCUGCUGAACACUAUGCCAUAACUGACCCUGCUGAGAACACUAUGCCAUAACUGACCCUGCUGAGAACACUAUGCCAUAACUGACCCUGCUGACAACACUAUGCCAUAACUGACCCUGCUGACAACACUAUGCCAUAACUGACCCUGCUGACAACACUAUGCGUAGUUUAUUACCUUACAUGGCAGCUAAUGUAUUACAUAUGAACCCUUCUAUAAGCACACUACACUUAUCACUAUACAUCAGCUAAUUCCACAUAUAUUACAUAUUUAACAGGUUACACAACUCUGAACCAGUUUAUAAGUCAUGCAACCAGUUAGUAAAGUCCCACUGAAGCCCUGGCACCUAUUGGUCAGUAGAUCUGAAGCCCUAGCUCCGAUUGGUCAGUAGAACUAGGAAUGAUCAGUGGUUGUAGAACACAUGAGACUGAUGUUUGUUCUCUCUCUCUCUAGAAACCAGCCCCAGCCAAGGCUGAACCCAAGGCCAAGAAGGAGAAACCAGCAAAGGUAAGAGAACAGAACUACAAACCCCAGGGUUGCACAAUAUAGAACUACAAACUCUUCAGCAAUCACAUUACAGAACUACAAACUCAAGAACAAUCAAACAGAACAACAGACAAGAACAUCACAUUACAGAACUACAAACCCCAGAAGCAUCACAAAAAAACAGAACUACAAACCCCCACUCCAGAAAGAGAAGGCAUAUAGUAGUCUUGCUACAUAUGGGCAGAGCAUUCGGAAAGUAUUCAGACCCCUUGAUUUUUCCCCACAUUUUGUUACGUUACAGCCUUAUUCUAAAAUGGAUUUUUUUUUUAUCCCAUAAUGACAAAGCGAAAACAGGUUUAUCGGAAUUUUUGCUAAUGUAUUAAAAAAUUUACCGAUGCCUUAUUUACAUAAGUAUUCAGGCCCUUUGCUAUGAGACUCGAAAUUGAGCUCAGGUGCAUCCUGUUUCCAUUGAUCAUCCUUGAGAUGUUUCUACAACUUGAUUGGAGUCCACCUGUGGUAAAUUCAAUUGAUUGGACCUGAUUUGGAAAGGCACACACCUGUUUAUAUAAGGUCCCACAGUUGACAGUGAAUGUCAGAGCAAAAACCAAGCCAUGAGGUCGAAGGAAUUGUCCGUAGGGCUCCGAGACAGGAUUGUGUCGAGGCUCAGAUCUGGGGAAGGGUACCAAAACUUUUCUGCAGCAUUGAAGUCCCCAAGAACACAGUGGCCUCCCACAUUCUUAAAUGGAAGAAGUUUGGAACCACCAAUACUCUUCCUAGAGCUGGCCGCCCGGCCAAACUGAGCAAUCGGAGGAGAAGGGCCUUGGUCAGGGAGGUGACCAAGAACCCGAUGGUCACUCUGACAGAGCUCCAGAGUUCCUCUGUGGAGAUGGGAGAACCUUUCAGAAGGACAACCAUCUCUGCAGCACUCCACCAAUCAGGCCUUUAUGGUAGAGUGGCCAGACGGAAGCCACUCCUCAGUAAAAGGCACAUGACAGCCCGCUUGGAGUUUGCCAAAAGCCACCUAAAGGACUCUCAGACCAUGACAAACAAGGUUCUCUGGUCUGAUGAAACCAAGAUUGAACUCUUUGGCCUGAAUGCCAAGCGUCACAUCUGGAGGAAACCUGGCACCAUCCCUACGGUGAAGCAUGGUGGUGGCAGCAUCAUGCUGUGGCUAUGUUUUUCAGUGGCAGGGACUGGGUGACUAGUCAGGAUCGAGGCAAAGAUGAACGGAGCAAAGUAUAGAGAGAUCGUUGAUGAAAAUCUGCUCCAGUGCUCAGGACCUCAGACUGGGAUGAAGGUUCACCUUCCAACAGGACAUUGACCCUAAGCACACAGCCAAGACAACGCAGGAGUGGCUUAGGGACAAGUCUCUGAAUGUCCUUGAGUGGCACAGCCAGAGCCCAGACUUGAACCCGAUCAAACAUCUCUGGAGAGAUCUGAAAAUAGCUGUGCAGCGACGCUCCCCAUCCAACCUGACAGAGCUUGAGAGGAUCUGCAGAGAAGAAUGGGAGAAACUCCCCAAAUACAGGUGUGCCAAGCUAGUAUCAUCAUACCCAAGAAGACUCGAGGCUGUAAUCGCUGCCAAAGGUGUUUCAACAAAGUACUGAUUAAAGGGUCUGAAUACUUAUGUAAAUGUGAUAUUUCUGUUUUUUAUUUUUAAUAAAUUAGCAACAUUUUAUAAAAACAUGUUUUUGCUUUGUCAUUAUGGGGUAUUGUGUGUAGAUUGAUGAGAAGACAAAACAACAAUUUAAUCCAUUUUAAAAUAAGGCUGUAACGUAACAAAAUGUGGAAAAAGCCAAGGGGUCUGAAUACUUUCCGAAGUUACUGUAGAUAAUGUCUGUCAUCCCCCCCAUCCAGAAAGAGAAGGCAUAUAGUAGUCCUGGUAUAGAUGAGGAUAAUGUCUGUCAUCCCCCCCAUCCAGAAAGAGAAGGCUGUGAACGACAAGAAGGAGGAGAAGAAAACUAAGAAGGCAGCAGCGAAGGAGAACGCUGAGGCCGAGGCCGCUGAGGAGAACCACUCUGAGAACGGAGACGCCAAGACCAACCAGGUAAUAUACAUUACUAGACUGUACACUACUGUACUAUAUACUACUAUACUGUACACUACUGAACUAUAUACUACUAUAUACUACUGUACAUUACUCUACUAUACAUACAGUACCGUUCAAAAGUUUGGGGUCACUUAGAAAUGUCCUUGUUUUCGAAAGAAAAAAAUUUUUUUGGCCAUUAAAAUAACAUUAAAUUGAUCAGAAAUACAGUGUAGACAUUGUUAAUGUUGUAAAUGGCUAUUGUAGCUGGAAACGGCUGAUUUUUAGUGGAAUAUCUACAUAGGCGUACAGAGGCCCAUUAUCAGCAACCAUCAGUCCUGUGUUCCAAUGGCACGUUGUGUUUGCUAAUCCAAGUUUAUCAUUUUAAAAGGCUAAUUGAUCAUUAGAAAACCCUUUUGCAAUUAUGUUAGCACAGCUGAAAACUGUUGUGCUGAUUAAAGAAGCAAUAAAACUGGCCUUCUUGAGACUAGUUGAGUAUCUGGAGCAUCAGCAAUUGUGGGUUCGAUUACAGAAUCAAAAUGGCCAGAAACAAAGAACUUUCUUCUGAAACUCAUCAGUCUAUUCUUGUUCUGAGAAAUUAAGGCUAUUCCAUGCGAGAAAUUGCCAAGAAACUGAAGAUCUCGUACAACGCUGUGUACUACUCCCUUCACAGAACAGCGCAAACUGGCUCUAACCAGAAUAGAAAGAGGAGUGGGAGGCCCCGGUGCACAACUGAGCAAGAGGACAAAUACAUUGGAGUGUCUAGUUUGAGAAACAGACGCCUCACGGGUCCUCAACUGGCAGCUUCAUUAAAUAGUACCCGCAAAACACCAGUCUCAACGUCAACAGUGAAGAGGCGACUCUGGGAUGCUGACCAUCUAGGCAGAGUUGCAAAGAAAAAGCCAUAUCUCAGACUGGCCAAUAAAAAUAAAAGAUUAAGAUGGGCAAAAGAACACAGACACUGGACAGAGGAAGAUCGGAAAAAUGUAUUAUGGACAGACGAAUGGAAGUUUGUGGUGUUCGGAUCACAAAGAAAAACAUUUGUGAGAUGCAGACCAAAUGAAAACACGAUGGAGGAGUGCUUGAUGCCAUCUGUCAAGCAUGGUGGAGGCAAUGUGAUGGUCUGGGGGUGCUUUGGUGGUGGUAAAGUGGGAGAUUUGUACAGGGUAAAAGGGAUCUUGAAGAAGGAAGGCUAUCACUCCAUUUUGCAACGCCAUGCCAUACCCUGUGGACGGCGCUUGAUUGGAACCAAUUUCCUCCUACAACAGGACAAUGACCCAAAGCACAGCUUCAAACUAUGCAAGAACUAUGUAGGGAAGAAGCAGUCAGCUGGUAUUCUGUCUAUAAUGGAGUGGCCAGCACAGUCACCAGAUCUCAACCCUAUUGAGCUGUUGUGGGAGCAGCUUGACCGUAUGAUACGUAAGAAGUGCCCAUCAAGCCAAUCCAAUUUGUGGGAGGUGCUUCAGGAAACAUGGGGUGAAAUCUCUUCAGAUUACCUCAACAAAUUGACAACUAGAAUGCCAAAGGUCUGCAAGGCUUUAAUUGCUGCAAAUGGAGGAUUCUUUGACGAAAGCAAAGUUUGAAGGACACAAUUAUUAUUUCAAUUAAAAAUCAUUAUUUCUAACCUUGUCAAUGACUACAUUUCCUAUGCAUUUUGCUAUAUUUCCUAUUCAAACUCAUUUCAUGUGUGUUUUCAUGGAAAGCAAGGACAUUUCUAAGUGACCCCAAAAUUUUGAAGGGUAGUGUAAUUUACAUUAUCCAGAGAGACUUACAGUAGUGAAUGCACACAUUUUCAUACUGGCUCCCCAUGGGAAUCGAACCCACAACCCUGGCGUUGCAAGUGCCAUGCUCUACCAACUGAGCUAAGGAAGACUACAGUACAAUAUACUACUAUACUGUACACUACUAUACUAUAUACUACACUACUAUACUAUAUACUGCUAUAAUAUAUACUACACUACUAUACUAUGUUGUACUGUACACUACUGUACUAUAUACUACACUACUAUACUAUAUACUACUAUACUGUACACUACUGUACUAUAUACUACACUACUAUAAUAUAUACUACACUACUAUACUAUGUUGUACUGUACACUACUAUACUAUAUACUACUGUACACUACACUACUAUACUAUAUACUACUAUACUGUACACUACUGUACUAGAUACUACUAUACUAUGUUCUACUGUACUAUAUACUACACUACUAUACUAUGUUCUACUGUACUGUACACUACUGUACUAUUUAAUUUAAUUUUUAAAUUAAAUAGUACUAUAUACUAUACUAUAUACUACACUACUAUACUAUGUUCUACUGUACUGUACACUACUGUACUAUAUACUACACUACUAUACUAUGUUCUACUGUACACUACACUACUAUACUAUAUACUACACUACUAUACUAUGUUCUACUGUACUGUACACUACUGUACUAGAUACUACUAUACUAUGUUCUACUGUACUAUAUACUACACUACUAUACUAUGUUCUACUGUACUGUACACUACUGUACUAUAUACUACACUACUAUACUAUGUUCUACUGUACUGUACACUACUAUAUACUACACUACUAUACUAUGUUCUACUGUACACUACACUACUAUACUAUGUUCUACUGUACACUACACUACUAUACUAUAUACUACUGUACUGUACACUAAUAUACUAUAUACUACUGUACUGUACACUACUAUACUAUAUACUACUGUACUGUACACUACUAUACUAUAUACUACUGUACUGUACACUACUGUACUGUACACUACUGUACUAAAUGGUUUCAUUUGACCAGUCCUGGUCAAAAGUUUUGAAAAUGACACUAUUAAUUUUCAGUCUGCUGCUUCAGUUUUUAUGAUGGCAAUUUGCAUAUACUCCAGAAUGUUAUGAAGAGUGAUCAGAUGAAUUGCAAAGUCCCUCUUUGCCAUGAAAAUGAACUUAAUCCCCAAAAAAACAUUUCCACUGCAUUUCAGCCCUGCCACAAAAGGACCAGCUGACAUCAUGUCAGUGAUUCUCUCGUUAACACAGGUGAGAGUGUUGACGAGGACAAGGCUGGAGAUCACUCUGUCAUGCUGAUUGAGUUAGAAUAACAGACUGGAAGCUUUAAAAGGAGGGUGGUGCUUGAAAUCAUUGUUCUUCCUCUGUUAACCAUGGUUACCUGCAAGGAAACACGUGCCGUCAUCAUUGCUUUGCACAAAAAGGGCUUCACAGGCAAGGAUAUUGCUGCUAGUAAGAUUGCACCUAAAUCAACCUUUUAUCGGAUCAUCAAGAACUUCAAGGAGAGAGGUUCAAUUGUUGUGAAGAAGGCUUCAGGGCGCCCAAGAAAGUCCAGCAAGCGCCAGGACCGUCUCCUAAAGUUGAUUCAGCUGCGGGAUCGGGGCACCACCAGUGCAGAGCUUGCUCAGGAAUGGCAGCAGGCAGGUGUGAGUGCAUCUGCACACACAGUGAGGCGAAGACUUUUGGAGGAUGGCCUGGUGUCAAGAAGGGCAGCGAGGAAGCCACUUCUCUCCAGGAAAAACGUCAGGGACAGACUGAUAUUCUGCAAAAGGUACAGACAGGGAUUGGACUGCUGAGGACUGGGGUAAAGUCAUUUUCUCUGAUGAAUCCCCUUUCCGAUUGUUUGGGGCAUCCGGAAAAAAGCUUGUCCGGAGAAGACAAGGUGAGCGCUACCAUCAGUCCUGUGUCAUGCCAACAGUAAAGCAUCCUGAGACCAUUCAUGUGUGGGGUUGCUUCUCAGCCAAGGGAGUGGGCUCACUCACAAUUUUGCCUAAGAACACAGCCAUGAAUAAAGAAUGGCACCAACACAUCCUCUGAGAGCAACUUCUCCCAACCAUCCAAGAACAGUUUGGUGACGACCAAUGCCUUUUCCAGCAUGAUGGAGCACCUUGCCAUAAGGCAAAAGUGAUAACUUAGUGGCUCGGGGAACAAAACAUCGACAUUUUGGGUCCAUGGCCAGGAAACUCCCCAGACCUUAAUCCCAUUGAGAACUUGUGGUCGAUCCUCAAGAGGCGGGUGGACAAACAAAAACCCACAAAUUCUGACAAACUCCAAGCAUUGAUUAUGCAAGAAUGGGCUGCCAUCAGUCAGGAUGUGGCCCAGAAGUUAAUUGACAGCAUGCCAGGGCGGAUUGCAGAAGUCUUGAAAAAGAAGGGUCAACACUGAAAAAUAUUGACUCUUUGCAUAAACGUAAUGUAAUUGUCAAUAAAAGCCUUUGACACUUAUGGAAUGGUUGUAAUUAUACUUCAGUAUACCAUAGUAACAUCUGACAAAAAUAUCUAAAAACACUGAAGCAGCAAACUUUGUGAAGACCAAUACUUGUGUCAUUCUCAAAACUUUUGACCACGACUGUAUACUACUAUACUAUGUUCUACUGACCUCUAAUCUCUGACCCUGCAGAUGGAGGAGGCUCCCGAGGCGGAGAAGGAGGAAGCCAAAUCUGAGUAGCAACACUGCCGACCCCUAACCCCCGACCCCCCCCCUCCCCCCAGCCUGCCCCAGUGUUCGUGGUCCCCCUCCAAGGCAUAUUGUUAACAGAGGAAUAUUUUUAUCAAUGAUUUUAUAAGUAUACGAUCUACUAUCCAUACAGAUUUUUAGCACAAAGCGAAGCUGAGUAAUAUGAUGCAGGUCUGCAGUGGUCAUAUCAACAAAUUGUCUGCAGGCAAGAUGAUGAACACACUAAAAUCUUUUUUAAACGGCGUUUCAUGAUUGUGUAGGAAGGAAAGCGCGUCCCGUCCCAUAGUGAGUUGUGUGUUCCUGUGCCCCCUCCUUCCUCCACAGUUGGUUCUCCUAGGGUUCUACCUUAGUCCUGGUUUAUUAACGGUUCUCCCUGAUGUUCUGUUUUGAUCCCGUCUGUUCUGUGCAGUGAGUUCCUUUGCUUUGUCUAAAUGUUCCUGUUUUUACAUUAAACAUGUUCUAAGCGUGUAGAAAGUGUGUUGUCCAAUAAGAAAGAGGAAGAGGAUCAUGAGAAACAUUCCGGGCACAGUGACAUGCUUGUCUCCUAGGCAACUACAGCAGCUGUGUCUGUGACAGCUCCCAUCUUGCUGGUUUUCUAAAGACGUUUUUUUAGAUGAAGGGUUCUCUGACGUGUGCAGGAGUCUGUCUGUCCCUCUGAUGUUCUGGAAUUCUCUAAUAAAAAAAAAAGUCCUGUGAAUUUUCCUCAAA